GCUGAUAAAAUUUUCGGGGGGAAAACAUCGCGUACCCGAACCAGCGAGUCUGGGUCUAGAAGAGUUCCGUCGGGAUCCUGGGAGCCCGUCGCACGGUCGUCGACACGGCGUCGGAGCCUGAACGCGCGACGACGAGGGCCCCGACUGCCGUUGCGUUUUCCUUGAAUCGGCGGAGGCCUCAAGAGAGGGAGGGAAUGGGGGGGUGAAAAAAAGGGACCCCGCACAGCGUCUUCUUUUACGGGGGUCAUGGUUCUCGAACGAAAACUCCACUGCCCUUGUCCUUUCCGCCGCUGUCGUUACCUCCCACGGCCCGUUUCCCCGGCUCGAAUGACGCCGACGCGGAUCGGCCGACGAUGUCGCACGGCCGAGGAGGGUUCCCGUCCUGACCGACAAAUGGCGAAGCGGGCAAGGGCACGGAUCGGGCGCUUUUUUUCGCCGUGGCUGUCGCGGGCUGCCGAGAUCCGUGCGGAGGCAGGCGUUGCCGCCGCCACGACGGCGGCACGGAGUCUGAGCAUCGAUCUCGGUUAGGUUCUGGGGCAGCCCGACGAAACGAAUGAUUUCGCGUCGGGCUCGGGGCGGAUUCUCUCUAGGCCUCGAUGGAAAAAAUGGCGUGUAGUGCGCGCUCGGCUGGUUUACAUGUCCGGCGACACGUAUGCCACGGCGCGAGGUCAGAACGGUGAUCGCGCAUCUCGGACAUAAUCGGAAGAUACGUUUUUUUAUGAAAUGUAUUCGUAUUUUUCUGACUCGGGCAGUGUAGCCCUCGUUCCCGCCAACGUGGAACAAAACCAGGAAAUUCGUGUCCGUUCUGACACUUUUUUUAUAUUUUUGUUUGUUUCGUGGUUGAUUUCCUUCAGCUGGCGUGGCGACCGCUACCGCUCUCACGGUCACCAUCGUUUGUGUGGCACCUUGCGCAAAAAUCGGACUUACCGAUCCGCUCCUGAUUUAUCGAUGCUACUUUAUUGCCGCCCGAGUUCUCCGAGUUCCUCUUUCAGGCUUAGUUCUUAUUUCGUAUAUAUAUAUUUAUUUAUUUUUCUCUCCUCGGGCGCUCGGCUGUGCGACCUCGAUUUUACAGACACACAGCCGUACGCGGCGACGGUGGCCAGCGCUCGCCGAAGGAGCAUCGCCAGCAGCAGUAGCAGAUGCGCAGCAUAACAAACAUGGCGGCUGCCUCUGUGGUGUCGUCGUCUGCGACCAGCGCUGCGGCGCCUUGGGGUCGGCGCCGACGGUGCAGCCUUCCGCUCGCUUACGUGAGAUCGCCGCCCGAGUGACCGAGUCCUGCUCGGAAAGGAUACACUGAAAACAAGGAGAGCGGGGAGGAGAAACGGGAAAACAAAAGACGGGACCGUUGCAUCAACGGUUCGGGACGUACUCUGGUACGGCCUUCUCCGGUGGGGAACGCAGGCACCACGGCAGCGGCGGAUGGCGCCUACGCACGUCUAGCACCGUGUCUCAACCAACCGAGGCCCACAACCAAUCUGCCUCAGUAGCAAAUCACAGUUCUGCAUGGCCUAUUCCAUGUUUUCGGAAUGUUCAAUCCAGGCACCAUUGCAAUGGAUGAUGGGGGCCGAUGUCUGCUUGACGUAAUAAACGACCCCCUGCUCCUGCAGUCUUUCCUUGAGGACAAAGACGAAGAGAGUGCAAAGGAACUGGGCUCGCUGUCUGCGGCCGCUCUGGAGAAUGCGCUGCUGGGCCAGCAGGACCAGGUGACGAGCACGACCUCCAUCCCGGGGCUGCGCCAGUCGCCGGACUCCAUGGGCUACGCCUGCGUUGGCGCCAACGACAAGUCCCUCGCCACAGCCGUGGGCGAGCUGUCCUCCGGGGCCGCCCCCUCGCCACAGGUGGUGGUCAGCUCUACGGUGCCACCGCCGCCCGCCCCGUCCACUGCCUCCAACGGACUGCCGCCCGUGCCGCACCCGUCGCCCCACCCUCACCCGUCGCCCCAUCCCGCCCCGCACCCGUCCCCUCACCCGUCCCCGCACCCGUCACCCCACUCGACCCGUUCUCCCGCGGGGCCGCCGGCGCGACCCCAGUCGGCUUCGCCGGGCGCGUGGCCUUCGACGAGUCCAUCGCCGAGGAGUCAGUCGGCGCCCACGGCCGCAGCGGCGGCAACCAAGACUCAGCAGGCAGCGCAGCAGGCGCAGCAGCAGCGUCCUACGGUGCUACAGGUGGCGUCGGCCGCGACGACGUCUUCCACGCCGACGGUGGUGCGCUCCAGCGGGGCACCCCGCCUCAUACAGCCCAAGCAGCCGCAGCUCCUGCCCAAGCUGUCGGGGGGCGGCCACCACCCGGCCCCCACGACGCGCUCGCAGUCCCCCCGGGCGGCACCCCACCACAAGGCGCCACCGCAGCCCGCGCCGGCCCCUCCGGCACCACCUCCCCAGCAGGUGGCGCAGGCCCUGCCGCGCGGCGCCGCGGUCGGCGGACCGCUUCUGCUGCCGCCGGGUCAGGCGGCCGGGAUGUUUGCGAGCGGAGCCGGGGGCGCCUUCCUGCUGAACCAGUACAUUCCAGGGAUUGGCCAGAGUCCGAUCCUGAUCCAGGGCUCCCUGGGCCAGAUCCAGGGAGUGCAGCUGGCCCUGCGGCCCUCCCAUCCGGGCCCCGGGGGCCUGACCCUGGGGGGGCCCGGGGGAGGCAAGCCCCACGCUCAGCACCACCACCACCACCAGGGGCACCCGACUCUCAUGAUCCCCCAGAACCUGGGGCCCCGGCCCAACAUCAUCCUGGCACCCAGGAUGAUGUCCUCGCCCCUCUCGUUCGCCUUUGCACCGGGCCAGACGCUCACCCUGCAGCAGCUACAGCAGCUCCAGGCCAUGUUGCCCCCACAGACAAUGCUGGCGCAGCCGACGCUGGGCCACUUCCAGACGGAUCAGCAGGGGCUGAUGCAGAUCCCGACCUUCAGCCAGCCGCAGCUGAUCACCCACGAUCACCACCACCACCAUCACCACCACCCCACCAUGGCGGGGCCGCUGCUGUCGGCCGGCGGCACCGUGGUGUCCUCGGCCCCCACGGCCACCAUCGUCACCCACCACCCUCCGGUGACCACCACCACAGUGAUGCACCCGGUGCCCCUGCAGCAGCAGCAGCCCGCCGUCGCCGUGCGGCACACGCCGCCGCCGCAGCCGCGACGCACGCCGCCGCAGCCACAGCCGCAGCCACAGCCGCAGCCGGCGGUGGUCGAGAAACCGAACAAAGCGCCGCCUGUGAACCUGGCAGAGUUGCUCAAGGAGCACGGCAUCAUGCCGGAGUCGACGCCGCCGUCCUCGCCGACGUCUGAGAACCAGGUGGUGAUGAUGGAGGCGCCGGCACCGCAGGCACCGGCUCCCAUGGCCGUGACUGAGACCGUGCAGGUGGUGACGAGCAAGCCGACGCCAACGGUGAUGGUGUCACCCCGGCAACAGGUGCAACUUUCCCUGGCGCACGACGGCAGCGUGGUCCUGCGCCAGCCGACGCCGCCAGAACCGGUGGCAGUGCCGCCGCCACCCGUCGAAACGACAACCCCGACGCAGCCGGCAGCCCCGACGAGCGCGCCUGUCAGCACCGCCCUCUCGCGGACGCACUCCGCCCUCCUGGAGCGGUUGUCUGUGGCGCCGCCCGUCAACGUUCCCGACCUCGCGUCGCUCACGUCGUCCGUUCGCCAACCGGUUCCGAGCGCGGUGCCGCCACCCGCUGUCGUGGCGACGACGCACCCGCAUCACCUGACCCUCCACACCGUCAACAACGGCAUGAUCUCGACGCAGCAGUUGGCGGCGGCACAGCCGCACUCGUUCGUGACGGUGCACGGCGGAAACGUGGCGAACGUUGCCAACAUGGGGAGCGUCACGCUCUGCCACGGCGCCAACAAUGGAAGCGGCGCGAGUCGGCUGAACCACAUCGUCGUGAACCCGUCGCCGGCGGCGGCGCAGCAACAGCAGACAGGGACGAGCCAGCUGCCACACCACGGGUGUCACGCGAUGGCCAACUCCAUUGCUGGCCCGAUCGCCAAUCAGAUCGUCAACCCGAUCGCUCACCCGAUCGCUCACCCGGUAGUCAACUCGAUCGGUGCAAAGUCUGGUCCGAACGCGACGACGUUGGUGGUGACGACGCCGAAGGGUGGGACGCAGCAGGUAGUGGUGACGACGGUGGCAGCGACACCGGCCGCGACCACCUCGGCAUCUUCGGCGCCGGCGGUGACGACGCACCCGGCGCCAAACAGCGUGGUAGUGGCGGCUCACACGUGCCCCAAGCACGCACCACAGUCGGUCCUCAACUCGCAGAAUCAGCAGCUGUACGAGCAGCUGCAGACCCAGAUUGCCCACUUGACCGAACUGAAGAAGCCUACGAUGCAGCAGAAGGUGAUCCUGCAGCAGAUGCUGGCCGUGGUGGACAGGGUGCGCGAGACGCCCUGCAAGGCGCACGUGACCUCCUCGUCCAACGACGGCAACGCCGCCACCGUCGCGGUGCCCCCGGCGCCGCAUGUGGUGGUGCCACCCCAGGCACCUUCCAAGUCCCCCGCACCACCGCAGCCUCAGCAGGUGAAUGCAGUGAUCAACAAGGCGUUGCCGGGAGUGGUGGUGCAGGGUGCGUCAGUGGUCGCGACCCCCACGAGGACGGUGGCGUCCCGUGCGAGUCACCACAAGUCCAACCAUGUGGACGCCAAGUCCAAACCUGCCCCGUCCUUGGCGCACUCCGGCAACUCCGGCACGUCUGCCUCCGCAUCCAAACAAGCUCCCACGCAUUCCGUGGGAAACCAAGUGGUGAAGCUGACGGCCCAGCAGCAGCACCAGCUGCACCAUGCAGUGCUGCACCCCCACCCGCACCACCCGGGCGCGACGGCGGCGAUGGCCGGCGGCGCGGCAGCCAACCAGCGCUCGCCGCCGACGCCCCACCACCAGCCGAGGUCGCAGACGGUGGUGCUGAGGCUGCAGCAGCCGACCAAUCACGUGAUUGCGCCGGCCCCGCCCACCAAGCAGAUCCUGGUCCAGGUGCCUUCUGUGACGAACAAGCAGGUUACGAGCAAGAACAACAGCAAUGCGAGCAGCAGCAGUUGCGUUGUGCCCAAGGCGCCCCCUGCGACGUCGGCGCUGUUGCCGAGCAAGCAGGAAACCGUCAUCGCCCCCAAGCCAGCUCCUCCGCCCGAACCGCCCAAGCCUGCCGUGGUGAAGCCUAAAGUUCCUGAUCGCAUUCAAAGAAUGCACAUGUUCCACCAGCAGCUGUCGGAAGACCAAAACGGUGCUAUGCUCGCGGACACCAAGAGUCCGUUUGCGUCAACGAGGGACGCUUGCCGGCGGUUGCUGCGCUACCACGUCUACAACACCAGGCUGCCCCGGGAAGAGGACCUGGGCAAGACGGACGAGCUGUUUGCGGAAGUUUCGGAGCGGCUCCUGGAGGAGAGGAAAAAGCUGUACCACAAGUUCCACUACCUGAUGUUGCUCGAGGGAAUGAGGGACUACUCCACCGCGGAGAAGCUGAUGGUCGAGAAGCUCUUCCUGGAGCACGAGAGCGACGCCCUGGCCGAAGAGAAGCGGGCGGCGGAACAGGGCCAGUAUAUCAACCUCCCCGUGGCGACGGAGUCCUGGACGUCGGAACGGAGUCCGCCGCCUCCGACGUUACAGAGCGGCCGGUCCGUCAAGAAGGAGCCUCCGGACUCGUGGCUGGACGACCGGGGAGACCUCGAGCCCGCCGCCAAGCGGCGCUCCGUCAAGGAAGAAGACGUCGCCAACGACGUCUCCACGUUGGCACCACCCCGAACAUCUGCCGCUGCAGCGGUGGCGACUCCACCUCUGGAAAACGACAUUGUGUCAAGCAUCCGAAAAGAGCUAGACAUGUCUGCGGAAGAAGAGGAGGACUUUGAGGAACUAGAGGACAUCGAUCCCCUGCUCCAGUUCACGUCGGAGCUCAAGCCGCACCGUCACCACCAUCACCAUCACCACCACCACCACCAUCACCAUCACCCGCCAGUGUCCGUGAUAGCGGCAGAUUGGACUAGUCCGCUAAAGCCGGUGGAAGUGUCGGUUCCGUCGCGUGCUCCGGAGUUGGACCUUUCCGGGAUCGAGGGACUGGACGAUGACGAGAGUGGGGGCGGCGGGGGACCGUUGGCGCGGACUCACUACUUCAGCGACGAGGACGACGACCUCGCGUCGGACCAGCCGCCGGACCAAGUUCAAAGUGCCAUCAACAGCAUCCUGGACUUUCGGGGCGAUGGCACGGAUGGCACGGCGGGGGCGGACGGUGGUGCCACCAAGAGGGGGGGCGCCGAACCGAUGGACUACGACGAGGGGACGGGGCCGGAAGCGCCGCCGGACUCGGUUCUCGACGAGGCGGUCCGAAGCAUCCUUUUGUGACCUCUCCUGCCGUCUUCCUUUGUUCCGUCUUUUCUUUUUCUUGUUGUUGCUCCGUUUUGUUUCUUUUCGUGCGUGUUGUCCGGCUUCUCGCUCUCUCUCUCUCUCCCCGGUUUCUCCGCGUGUGGCUAAAGGAAAGAGGCAAGGUUGCAUCCUGUGCGUGUGGAUGCGUGCACGUGUGAGGCUUGGCCGUCGCGACGGCGGUGAUAUCGGCGGGGUGCCCUCUUCGACGCACGCUCACGUCUGUUCCGUUUUGUUUUUUUACGGCGCCACACUGUUUAACUUAUUGUCGCUGCGUCUGUGUCGGCGGCAACUCGGUUUCUGCCGCCCUCGGACGAGUUCGGUUUGCGUUCUCGGCCGGUAGCUCUUUUGAUCCGUCGGCUUUGUUUCUUCGCGUUCCCCGGCAACGUCGGGUUGCCUCCCGCCUUCUUUGAGAAGCGGGUACACUGCCCAAACGAUCUGGGCUCUACGACGAAAAAAAAUCGACACCGCUUUCGUCGGUGACCGCCGCGUGGAAAGAAGAGACGGCACAUUCCGUCGAGUCUCUUCGUCGUGGCGGCAGCCAACCGUGCGAACCAAACCUGCAUCUUUGUUUUCUUUCUUUCUUUGGUCUUUGGUGCUUUCUGCACACACAGGGGGCCUUGUGCGCGAUUCGUCGGGUUCGAUGCGCGCUCGUUUUCGGCGUGGCGAGAUUUCCUCCUCGCUGCUUGCUUUCGGCGUCGGAAGAACAUAUGCAAACCUUGCCACUCCUUUCUCAUUGAAACCUACUUAAGAAGCGAACGUCGGGGGACAUCUAGCCCCCCCCCACGACAGCGCACCCGGGUGCCUCGGCCGAAGAAGAGCGUCCGGUUUCGCUUCCCCGUCGCUCGCGCGGAGCGCACCGAACGUGCUAGCCGGUUUUUUCGUGUCUUUUUCGUUCCUCUCUUGUAUAGGUGUAAAUACGACGACAACAAAAGGACAGACCGCACGUAUUUAUACAACCGCACAUCCAUUCAAUACGGGACAAUGCUCAAAGGUCAGCGUUCGAAGGGAAGAUUCGUAAUUGGGGAGGGGGAAGGUCGAGCGGUUCGAACGAAGGUGCUUUCGGUCGGCGCAGGGGUGGGCAAAGUGUUGUCCGGCGUAACUAUUUGUGCUUUUCCGCGUGGUUUCCGGACGUUUGUGAUAGGCGGCGACGGAUCGCAGCCCGCCUCUCCCGCUUGUGUGGAUCGGCGUUUGUGCGUUAGCUCCCCCCCCAAUUCCCCCCCCCAUGAGGACAGGAUAGGUGAGGCACGUGCACGCGCUCACAGGCAUACGGUCGGAACGAGGGAGAGAACGGCAACCCUACGUGUACAGAGUUGACGAAAUUUUUUUUUCUACAAAAUGAAGGCGAGGGUGCGACGGUUGGGAAAGAAAAGAAAAAAAGAACGAAAAAAGGAGGUGUAAAUAUUUUAUUAAAAAUUUUGAGAAAUUGAA